UUCAUCGAAUAUAGUGGCUAUCACCACUGUCCUCUUCAACCACAUGGCGAUAAUUGAACUAUAUCCCAAAUUCCUCUUCUCUCAAAACCCAAUCCCAAAACCCUUCUUAAACCCUAAUUUCAAUCCCAAAUCUUAUCAAAUCUUCAAUUUCAAACCAAUUUCUCAAUUUUCCCAUCAAUCAACAACCACCACCCCCAAUCGUGGCUUAAUUUUCAGAGAAAAAGUUCUAUACCUUGAGAAACUCAAAGUAAACCCAGAAAAAGCCUUCAAACAAAACCCUAAUCUUCGUUCUUGUCCUUUAAGAACCCUAAAAUCUGUAGAACAAUGUCUUUCAUCAAUUGGCAUACACAGAAGCCAAAUGGGUCGAAUUCUUGAUAUGCUUCCUGAACUUCUCACGUGUGAACCGUAUAGUGAUAUUUACCCCCUUCUUGAUUUUCUUCUCAAUGAGGUUGAAAUUCCUUACCAUGAUGUUCACAAAUCGAUCUUGCGGUGUCCUAGAUUGUUGGUUAGUAGUGUAGAGAAUCGAUUAAGACCUGCUCUGUGUUUUUUGAGGGAAUUAGGGUUUGUUGGGCCCCACUCUCUCACGUGCCAGACCACAUUGCUUUUGGUUUCGAGUGUUGAGGAUACCCUUUUGCCUAAAGUUGAGUUUUUGAUGGGUUUGGGGUUCACACGUGUGGAGGUUUCGAAUAUGGUUGUGAGGUCACCUGGGUUAUUGACUUUUAGUGUGGAUAAGAAUUUGGCUCCUAAAUUUGAGUUUUUCUUGAAGGAGAUGAAUGGUGAUGUUGCUGAGUUGAAGAGGUUUCCUCAGUAUUUCUCUUUUAGCUUGGAAGGGAGGAUUAAACCGAGGCACGCGAUGUUGGUUCGGCUUGGAUUGUCGCUUUCUUUGCAAGAGAUGUUGCAGGUUAGUGAUGGUGGUUUUGAUUCAAGAUUGCUUGAAUUGCGGUUAAAGGAACUUGAGGGAAGAUAAGAUUAGUGAUGGGGAUUUGAUUAGGUUGCUCGAAUUGCGGUUGAAGGGACUCGAGGUAGGACAAAGGUAGUAGUAGUUGUUGUUUUUGUUAGUUAAGAGAUAAAAGAUUAUUGUCAUCGUUGUUUCGUAGUGCUAGAUUAUAGUGAAGGUUAAUAAAUUUUUGUGCAUAGCGGAUAUGUUUUAUUAGAGUAAGGGCUGAAUAACCAUAAAUCUGCGACGUUUACUGAAUAAUGGAUCCCUACAAUUCUCUCUCACCCAUAAGAUGAAAAAGGGGUGGGCAGAAAGGAAUUGUUUUUCAAGACAUUGUUGACAAUCUGUGGUAAUGCUUGACUACUCUCUUCAAGUAAUUAUAAUGUUGACACAAGUAUUGUUCUGCACUGUCUAAUGAAACGGUUCUGUUUUUUGUUUGAUA